AGUCACACCACACGAAAAUAAUAUUGGAGUUCUAUUUUUGACUUGCAAUAAAUAACAGCAAUGGAGAACACAGCUACUUACACCCACAAGAAGUUUGCCGUCAGCAAACGCAAGAGGAACUCGGAUCAGGACAAGGAGAACUACACUCAACAGUUGGAGCAACCCAUUGCCAAGCGCCGCCAGAACCAAGGAUUCUUCCGACCCUGGUUGGAUAAUGAACAAAAUCAGCAACAGGAGGCAAUCCCCACCAUUCCCGUGGAGAAACCAAAUGCUCCAGGAUCUUCAGUUAGCCAAUACCAUGCCAACAUGGUGCGUCGUAGCCAGAUUCAACGCCAGAGAAGCCCCAAGGAGCAACUGCGUCGGGAUCGGAACACUCUGGCCUGCCUGCUCAGUCGACGGGCCAAACAGGCUCAGAUGGAACAAAUGAGUCAGCAGUAUGAACAGUAUAGGAAUCACCACGCCGCCAUAAUGGAGCAACAGGUCCGCCUGGGCCUCUACUACCGACACAUCCUUCAGCAGGCGGUGUUCCAGAGGGCCAUCAACCCGGCACCAGGAUACGUUUUGCCACAACAACAACAGCAGUUCCUUCAGCAGAUGGCUCUCUCCCAGCAAAUGCUCAUCUUUGGUGGGCAGCACUAAACCGACGAACAACGCCAUUAGCCACUUUAAUUGGCCAAGUCAUGUGAUUUAGUUUAAUAAGCCUUAAUUAUUACUAUUUAUUGUUCACUUUGAAAUAAAAACAAAACGCGCAUUUAAUGAAAA